UCUUCCACCUCAUACCGCCUAUAAUUUUGAUAAUGCUCUUGUAGCUUUACCGGCCAAUAUAUCGCACCCAGUCACUCGCUUACGAUUAGGAACGAUGCAUUUCUCGGCGCGCACGAUUGUGGGCAUCGCUGUCUUCAUCACGUUCACAAUUCUCUACACGAUUAACGCGGUAUCUGCUCGCGACCCGACCUCGUUCUUCUUCAACCCUCGCAAGGGAUACGCUGCUAGAUACUCUGCUAUCCGACGCCAGCAGGCCGAAGAAUUUUUACAAGCCUACCACGAUGCGCCGAGUCACGAGAUAGUCAAAUCUGGCCCCGAGAGGAAUCGAAAAUUAUGUGUCGGCAUACCUUCCUUCAAGCGUGAGGGAGUACACUAUCUGCGAGAUACCGUCGGCUCUCUCUUGGAAGGCUUGACACCAGAAGAGCGACAGGAAAUAUACCUCAUAGUGUUUAUACCACAUUCAAACCCGAAUGUACAUCCCGAGUAUCAUGAGGCAUGGCUACCUGGGCUGGCAGAUCAGGUCCUCACUUACCAGUUCGGGGAUGACCAGAUGCAGCACAUCCGCAAUAUGGAAAGCAAGGGUGGUUUGUACGUCGAGAAGGCGCUCUUUGAUUACAGAUAUCUCCUGUCAGCGUGCACUGAGCAGUUCACACCUUAUAUCGCCAUGAUCGAGGACGACAUCGUGGCCAUGGAUGGGUGGUACCACCGCACGAUGGACGCAAUCAAUCAGGCCGAACAGCAGGCUGCAGAGCGUCGCGCAAGGGCAGAUUUCCUCUACCUGCGUUUGUUCUACACGGAAGAAUUCUUUGGCUGGAACGCGGAAGACUGGAGGACUUACCUAUACUACUCGCUUUGGGCUGCUGGCAUCCCGACUGCAAUACUGCUCUUCGUACGCUGCGCUCGACCGACGACAAAACUCUCACUCACUCUCACCACGCCUCGAUCGUUCAUUUCGAUUUACGCUCUGCUCGCAGCCGGCAUCCUUAUCUUCUUCGGCAUGGGUCGCAACACGGUUAUGCCCAUACCUACUGGUGUAGCUGAAAUGUCUGAGUUCGGUUGCUGCGCCCAAGGGUUUGUCUUUCCACACCUGAAGGCCCUCGCACUUGUCGAAUACUUCAAAGACCGCCGCCUUGGCUUCGUGGACGUACUCACAGAAGACUACGCUAACGAGCGCGGCGAGCUCCGGUACGCCAUGACCCCUAGCGUUAUGCAACAUGUCGGCAAGAAGAGCAGCAAGAUCGAUGAUUACGGGCCACAAAGCAAGUGGGGCAGAAGCGUGGCAGAGAAGAUAUGGAAUUUCACAUUUGAAAAGCUCGACUGGAGGAAGUUACGACAAGAACACGAACAGAAUACAAAAGAGAGGCACGAGGCGAAGGCUGAGAAAGACGCGCAGUUUGCCAAUCAAAAAGCCGGCGUUUGAGGCUUCCAUGGAUGCCGAUGGAAAGUAAUGCAGAAGAUCAAAGACCGGAGUUGCCAGUAGCCGGAAAGGCCGGACAGCACAAUGUGCGGACCAGGACGACCUCGCACCGGCAUAACAUUCCCACACGCUCGCGGCACAUCGUGACUUAUGACGACGUUCACGACAGUCUUGCGGGAUAUAUUCGGCCUGCAAGCACUCAGCGCAACGUCGAGUCG